AAAUCCAGAAUUUACACAUCAUGUCUGUUCCUUGGCUUGGGGUAUGUUAGUGGGCAGGAGCAGUGUGGGUGGGAGGUGUACAGCUAAAGGCCUGCAAAGGAGACUGAAAGAAGCAGCUUCAAAAGAAAACAGAAAGUUCUAUACACAGAGCCACAGAAGUGUCAGCUCAGGAACCACAGAACAACAUGAAGCUUUCUCAGGCCUCCUCAUUUCUGCCCAUCUCUCUGUUCCUCCUUUUACUUCUUCAGCUGCCAACAUUGCAAGGACAGGCCAUCAACUCAGCUCAGCAAUCUCAAUCCUGUGGAGAAGAUUCAUUUCCACUUGACUGUGAGGAUAUAUACGAUCAAGGUUCAGAGACAGAUGGCGUGUACCUCAUUUUUCCAGCAGGACCCAAUGUCCCUGUCCCCGUGUACUGUGACAUGACCACUGAUGAUGGAAAAUGGACGGUUUUCCAGAAACGUUUCAAUGGGUCAAUCAGUUUCUUUCGGGGCUGGAAUGACUACAGGUUUGGCUUUGGCAAAGCAGAUGGUGAAUAUUGGCUUGGACUGCAAAAUAUCCACCUUCUCACUCUGAAGCAGAAGUAUAAGCUACGUGUGGAACUGGACGACUUUGAGAAUAAUACUGCCUUUGCUAAAUAUGCUGACUUCUCCCUUUCCCCAAAUGCAAUCAGUGCAGAAGAGGAUGGCUACACGCUCCAUGUAUCUGGCUUUACUGAUGGAGGGGCAGGUGAUUCACUGUCCUAUCACAGUGGCCAGAAGUUCUCUACAUUUGACCGUGACCAAGAUCUCUAUGUGCAGAACUGUGCAGCUCUCUCAUCAGGUGCCUGGUGGUUCAAGAGCUGCCAUUUUUCCAACCUCAAUGGCUUCUACCUUGGUGGACCACAUCUGUCCUAUGCCAAUGGCAUUAAUUGGUACCAAUGGAAAGGCUUCUACUAUUCUCUCAAGAGAAGUGAGAUGAAAAUACGUCGUGUUUGAGAUCCGAGGCAGCUGGUGGCUUUUCCCAUUCUUCUACUCUAGUGGCCACUUGAAUCUUGAUGUAGACUGAAUUCCCAAUUAUUAAUGUAUUUCAUCACUUUGACUCUGUUUUCCUACCUUUAGCAUGCAGCCUGCACCAAAUUAUUCCUCAGAGAACACAACUCUCAAUAAAGAUACCCAUUUCUCACUAUUGAGAUCCAACACAA